AGAUCUCACACGUAUACAGCCCACCGAUAUCCACAUAUAAAGGUCACCGAUAUCCACAAGUCAAGAUUUUCUACUCGAUGCUGUGAGACUAAGAAUGGCUCGAGAUCUCAUCCUCAACGUGUUCAUACACGCAUCUCCGGCCCUUACCUCUGGUGAAUGGAGUCACCCGUUGGACGAGUCUAAGGGCUUUGACACUAUCGAAUACUGGCAAGAACUUGCCAGGAUUGCAGAGAGAGGGAAGUUCAAUGCGGUGUUUUUUGCAGACUAUCUGGCUUACUAUGAUGUGUACAAAGGGCCAAACAAUUGGAAGCUUCCUGCAUCUGGGGGAUACUUCAUCCCAAAGAUAGAUCCAGGAGUGCUGGUUUCCGCUAUGGCUGAGGCCACCACGACCCUGGGCUUUGGAAUAACAUUCUCCACUGUUAAGGAAAACCCAGAGUUAUUUGCCAAACGUCUUUGGAGUUUAGACCAUGCAACUAAAGGGCGAGUCGGCUGGAACAUUGUAACGUCGUAUGCACCGGCUGUUGGACGUCAAUUGUUAAACGGUGGGAAAUUACCCUCGCAUCAAGAGCGGUAUGAUAAUGCUACAGCCUAUGUUGAUACUGUGGUUCGUUCAAUUGUUGGACAAAGACACUCCAAAUGGCCACAGUCCCCACAAAGGUUACCAUUUUUGAUUCAAGCUGGUACAAGCUCCCAAGGGAAGUUCUUGGGAAUUGAAAAUGCAGAAGCCAUAUUCAUUAACGCAUGGGACCGUGCCAAGGCGAACGCUGAUAUCAAAUCAAUAAGAGACCUUGCAGUUCACUAUGGAAGAGAUCCAAAAGAUGUGAAGAUCUUGACAAUGGCAACUCCGGUGGUAGCCAUUACAAAGGAGGACGCUGAGAAGAAAGUUGAACUGAUUAGACAACAUGUAUUCCAGGAUGCACCAGGUAUUGGAUUUGGAGGCCAAUCACACAUCGACUUGGAUCAGUUUGAAUGGGAUGAACCAAUUGU